AUGCCCCCCAAAACGCGCACGGUGGGACAGGUGGCCCGCCUCUCGCAAUCUGAGCUCUACUCCUUAGCAGCUGAGCUCAAAGUGACAUGGCCAAAGCAUGCCCUCGACUUAGAGAUCAGGGCGAUGGUGGCCAGGGCGCUAGUGGGAGGAGAUGGCGUUGAUCUCCAGUGCGUGACGGGGGCAGAAAGCCGUAAGAAAGAGCUUGAAGAUCCACAGGCCAUGAUGCAAGCGGCCCAGGAGCAGUUCCAGAGCGGGGCCCUGGAGCAGGAGAUUCUGCGGAAUCCAAUGUUCCAGACAAGGAGUCAGACAAGCCUGGGCCGUCAUCCAAAGGGAAGCACUUUGGUGGACCCGGAUUUGGUGGCACUGAGGAAGACGUAUGGCCAUCAGUCAUGGCAGCGGGUGGACGCUGCAGGGCGAAUCUCGGUAGCGAAAGAGGUCCUCGAAGCACGAAAGCGUGCCAUGACAGAUGAGGAUGUGGCGCUGACACGUACAGCCCGCAAAAUUGCGAAGGUGCUAGUGCCUCUACUAGACCAGGCCAAGAAUGCGUGA